AUGUCCGCCCCAAACACUGCCCAAAAGCCGCUCCGCAUCGGCGUCUUCUUCGAAGAAGUGCAAAUGUUCGACCUCGCAGGCCUCGACGUCUUCGGCAGCCAAACGCCCGAAAUGAUGGCCAUGAGUGUCGAGCUUGACGCCUCCUUCAAGCCACUCAUGGCGCACACCACGCCCAUGGAAUUCCUGUACAUUGCCUCCUCCCUCGAGACCUCGUGGGUUACGCCCAAGAUGCUCGUCAAGCCGACGCACACGUACGAGAAUGCGCCGCGUGAUCUCGACAUCUUGCUGCUUGGUCGCCCCAGCGAGUUUGGCGUCUUGAAGGAGGCGAGUUUGAGGACCAAGGUCAUCAUGACCACGUGUACAGGCGCCGUGUGGUUGGCGAAGAGCGGCGUGUUGGAUGGGAAGAAGGCGACUACGAACCGUGCGAUGAUCCCUCUCGCGAAAACCAUGGCACCCAAUGUUGAGUGGGUGGAUCAGAGAUGGGUCAUUGAGAAGGGACAUUUUGAGGGCGCGGAGAUUUGGACGGCUGGAGCUGCUGGAUGCGGUAAGUUCAAGAAGUUUGAUCUUCAUUUAUGA